UUUAGACACUCACAGUAAAAGAAGCUGAAAUCUUCCCCAUGAAUCCUCCCAAGUUUGACAAAAUUGAGGACAUGGCCAUGAUGACCCACCUCAAAGAACCUGCUGUGCUGUACAACCUCAAAGAGCGUUAUGCAGCAUGGAUGAUCUACACCUACUUUGGCUUGUUCUGCGUCACUGUCAAUCCAUACAAGUGGCUCCCAGUGUACGACGCAGUUGUUGUGGCUGGAUACAGAGGCAAAAAGAGGAUUGAAGCCCCACCUCACAUCUUCUCCAUCUCUGACAAUGCCUACCAGUUCAUGCUCACUGGAAAGACUGUCAACACCAAACGUGUGAUACAGUUCUUUGCAACAAUCGCUGUGUCUGGAGCAAGGAAAGCAGAACCUGUCCCUGGCAAAAUGCAGUGUGACAGUCCACUCUUCAGAAAAGUGAUGGUUUGGGAGAUAAUACCUCAGAAGAUCCUGUAA